ACGCAUGGUUUUGGAAUUUUGGGAGAAAACCCACACAAGCACGGUGAGAGCAUGCAAACUUCAUACAGGUGAGGCUGAAUUAGAGACUGGAUCCUCAGAACUCUCAGGCAGAUUUGCUAACCAGCAGCAUCUGAAUAUAUUGAGGGCAGAAAAAAUGAAAUGAUCAGCGUUGGUCCCCAAGAUCAACAAAGAUGGGAGCGUUGGCGCCUGAAGUGAUCCUGAUAUCGUGGACUCUGCUGACCCCCUGCCUGCAGUCAUUGGAUUUGGGCCAGAUCCCGCAACCAGCAGUCAUGUACCCGCAGCUCCUCAGUACAGCAUUUAUUCAAUGCAAAUGUGACAACAUCUCCUGCGAAUCAGUCUUCUGGUUCCGCACGAUUUCCAAACAAAAUAAAGUUCAGUUUCUAGGCAAGGUAAACAGUGCCAAUCGUCCGUCGCCGGGAGACAACACGGAUGAUCGUCGCUUCCAAUUGAGCAGAAAGAGCAGCGCGUUGUUCAUCCUGCAAAUAUUCAAUGUGACAGAAGAGGACACCGGAACGUAUUCUUGUAUUUUAAAGGACAGGAAAAAUCAAGAAGUGUGGCUGCCUGGCGUUCUUCUUCUCCCUGGAGAACAACUCCCGACAAAACCUCCUCAAUCAACGCCCCGACUUAUCUGUAGCUGCAGUGAGAAUUUAGCAGGUGAUUGCGACUCUCUCAUCCUGUGGUCAUUGGUCGGACUUGCCGCAGUACUGGUGAUGACACUUACCUGCAGCCUGUACUACUUCAGCCGACUCCCCAAAAAAUGUAAACACCGUUUUGUGAAGUGGAGGUAAAAGACGAUUGCUCAAUAAACAACGUACCCGCCAAAGUAUGUGCCAUAUACACAAAAUUGCAGACUAUACAGUAGUUGUUUAUAUUGCCCUUAGUGUUUGUGGAUUUUGUUUCUUAAGGCCUCAAUGAAUACAAUAUGUUUACUACUACUUUGAACUGUGACACGAGAAUUAAUGGACUCGAAUUCAAAUAAUUCAAGCAUUGGGUAGUACCAUUAAUUUAUACAAAGGGAUGUUCAAAUCUUUUUUUUUUUUUUUAAAGAUGGUUCAGACCCUUCAUUAUAUUUAUUUUUGAUAUAUUUGGAAAAAUACAUGAUGUGAUAUUUGAGACAACGUCGCUCUCUGAUUGGUUAGUGCAUCUACCUUCUAGUUUUGAAGACCUGGGUUCAAAACCGGCCUUGCCCAUGAGCCGUUUGCAUGUUCUUCCUGUGGCUUCGUGGGUUAUUUCUGGAGACUCCACUUUCCCCCUGACUCGCCAAAAACAUGCAUGGGAGCUUAACUGAGGACUUUAAAUUACCCCUCUGUGUCAAUCUGACUGUGAAUAUUUGUUUAUACAGUUUGUGCCCUGCGAUUGGCUGGCAAACAGUUCAGGGUGUACCCCUGGUUCUGGCCUGCAAUUAGCUGGCAUAAGCUCCAGCAUACUCAUGAGGAUAAGCGGUGUUAAAAAAAACAGAUGGAUGGAUGUUCGAGAUGCGACCAGAACAAGCCAAUCCCAUGCAUCAGCUUUAGAAAGUGGAAGAGAUUUUAAGGGGAAAAAAAAGAGCUUUAACAGCUAUUGUUGAAACGUAAGGAAAAUUUUAAUUAUAGAAAUUCCCAAAACCAACUGUAAUUUACUUACAAAUUUUCUCCCAGUAAUGUAAUGGAUUACGAUUACCAUCCAUAAGCAUUGUAAUUCAUUUAUGUAAUGUGGUUGAAUAUACUUUGUGACUCCCAAGCCUGCAGGUAAUGGAUGUAAGACGGCAUGAAAACCUUCUAACUUCUAAUUGUUUGAACAAACAAACAAAUAAAUGCAUAGCCAGCCCACUGACAGCUGUUUUCUUUUAAUGGGGUUUUAAGUAGAAAUUGAACAAAAGCAUCAACAGUGAAUUCUUUCUUUAACAGCUUUAUUCAUGCCUUUAUGUUGUUUCAUUCUAAGUAUUGCAGCUCUAGCACAAAGGGGUGGUUUGUUAUUUAAGUCUGGAUACUAUAUAGCAAACUAGAUAGAAUGUUUCAACCAGAGGUGGAACUAAUUCACAUAUGUGCAAGUCACAAGGAACUCUCAAAUCAUAACCUUCAAAUCUCAAGAAAGUCCCAAGUCAGUGUGUGGGUGUCUGUGUGGUGGGGGGUGUCAAGCAAGUCAAGUCCAGUUGCCAUUAAAAUUUAAGCAAGUCGAGUCAAGUCAUGACUUGGUUUAAGCAAGUCAAGUGUCAAGUCAUACAAUUUUGCUCCAGCCACAGCGUAUAUUGGCCUGAUAAUAAAACACUUUUACACAAAUCAUAACUCUAAAAAUAUAUUAACACCUUAUAAAAGGUAAAUGAACAGCUGACUUUAUUGCACUGAAAUGAAUGAAAAAGUAAUAUUUGAAUCUCAAAUUAACUCAACUUUAUUUCUGAACAAUCCUUUCUGUUAAUUCUGUGUUGACACACUUGAAACGCCUACGCUUCAUAAGACAACAAAAAGUCUAUCCGUCCAUCCAUCCAUUUUCUUUUGCUGCUUAUCCCCACAAGGGUCUCGGUGCUGUGUGCUGGAACCUAUCCCAGCUGUCAACGGGCAGGAGGCGAGGUGCACCCUGAACUGGUUGCCAGCCAAUCACAGGGCACAUUGAGACAAACAGCUGCACUCACAACCACACCUAGAGGCAAAUUAGAGUGUUCAAUUAAUGUUGCAUGUUGGGGGGAAAACCGGAGUGCCCGGAGGAAACCCACGCAGGCACGGGGAGGACAUGCAAACUCCACACAGGUGGGGCCACAAUAAAAAGUCAUAUAUAAUAAAUAUUUUCACCUUUUUGCACCUUCGUGACAAAUAACCUGUCCAAGCAAUUUGAAAAAAAGAAAAAAAAUCUUUUCAGAAGUAAAAAAAAAACAAUUGUUUUGACUAAUGUUGUUGCUUACGUGUAUUUAUGUUCUCAUAACUAGGGUGUAUGGAUUUAAAAUUAAUAUUUAGAAGCACUGACAUUGGACAAUUAACAGUUGUCAUUAGAUCCAAGGGUGUGUUUUAUAUGCUUAUAUGACACAACGGAUGACAUUUUAAUGUUGACCCUUCAAUAAACGUGUUCAGUAGUUCGAAAAUUAUAUCCACGGGCUCACAAUUUGUACUUCUUUUUCUUUCGGCUUGUCCUGUCAAGGGUCGCCAGAGCCUGUUAUCUUUUUCCAUCUAAGCCUAUCUCGUGCAUCCUCCUCUCUAAGUCACCCACUGUCCUCAUGUCCUCCCUCACAACAUCCAUCAACCUUUUCUUUGGUCUUCCUCUCGCUUUUUUGCCUAUGGAUUGCAGUGUUAUUUUAAAUAGUUUUUUUUUUUAAAUCACCAUGAUUGUGUGAAAGGUGAGCCCAUGCAGCAGACACAACGCCGGUGGCAUCUUUUGGCAACUCUUUAGUCAUGCCUACCCACAAACACCCUAUCCGCAACUGAAAAAAAACUGUUAUACAUAACUGACCGCUAGCAACUAGCAUAUUAUUUUCGACGCUACUUCCUACUCUUACAUAGAAAAUGAUAGCGAGAAAGAAAAGGAGAGCUAAAAAGAGUUUAGCGCGCCUGUGACUCUUCAUAAAAGGUUCGGCCAGUUAUUAUCAACUGUCCUUUACUUAUAGGUCUCCUAAAAUGUUCGAAAUCACAUCUGUUUACCUUUUAAUUGUCCCAAAUCAAUCAAUGAAACUUAAUGUUUGAGCACUUAGAUAAAUCAUGUUAAAUUAGCUGACCUGUCUUUUUCUAAUCUUGUAGUGACGGAUGAAGUUCGACGUCUGGGUUAAAUUGCAAGCCAAGCAGGUUGACAUGUUUUGUUUAGUUUUUUUUGCAGACUUGAUCAACGACAUCAUCCUUGAAUCCACUUUUUUUGUCCUCGGAGCUUCUUCCAUGGUGGUUUGUGCAGAUUAGCAUCUUUAUUUCUGUUACACUGACAAGUGUGCAACGAUGCAAAUUGGGUUGCCAGGUUGGCGCAAAUGACCCCCCCAAAAAGAAAAAAAAAAACAUUUCUGUCAAACAACAAACCAUAGGUAAACUGUCACAUUUCCAAUUGUAAAGGUGAAGACAAUUUCAAGUCAAAUCUUUCAGUAUUUAGCAAGCAAGUCGCAAGUCAAAAAACCUGGCAACUCAACUCGAAUCAAGCCAGUUUAACUUAACCGCCCCCCCCCCCCUCCCCAUUUCAACUCCCAUUGCAUAAUGGAAUUCAUUACAAAGGUUACAAGCGUACAAUAGGUCAAAACAACUUACUUCGGGCUACCAUUGGAAAGUUUGUACAUUUUAUAAAUGCUGUACAUGCAUCUAAUCUACAGUACAGGUUGGUUCAUUUUGAGUGAUACUGCAUUAAGGACGUGGAAAGCUUUUAGUACAUUUGUACGUUGGCCUGGAAGUGCAAAACAGUAUAACACAUUGUGAAACACUUUAAACUGUACAUUUGUCACGCAAAGCUUUAGUUCCAUGUGUAAACAAAAUGCCUGGUGUGUAUAUGACUUUGUGGCUUCCCUCGUACACACACACACACACACUUGUGUGAAAGAAGAGAAAAAUGCGAGCUGGUGGUUGCUGGAGACUCGGGGAGUACAUGCGACUCUUUCCUGUGUGCAGGAGAGCUUCAAGCCUUGUUUACCCUUUGAGCUCCUCAUUUACUCUCUGGAAAAAAGGACCACAAAGAUACCAGAAAAUGAACCACAAGAUCUGUGAAAGCAAAGAAACAACACUGUUUCAAAAGACGACAGUUUGGAAAGGAAAAAAGAACUCUACCAUGACUUCUUUGGGAUAAAUUGGAUGUUGUUGGAUUUUGUUGGGGAAUACGCAAAAAUCACAUGUACAUGUUGGUUCCAUGCAAAAUAUGCAGAUACGUCUCUGUCUCUC